AAAUAAUUAAUUAAAAAUACGAUCUGCCAUUCUAAAAUAAAAAUUAAAUUCUGAAAUAUUGCAAUGUCGUUAGCGUCCAAAAUAACAUUAGCCGCUUCGUUUGUAGUAUCUGGUGGAAUUAUUGGCUAUGUACACUUCAAACAAACAAAUGACAGAGAAAAGUUACAUGAGGGAGUCGUGAGGGAUAUUGAAAGACAACAAAGGCGCAAAACGGAAAAUACCUAUGUUCUGCAGCAACAAAUUGAUUUGACAAAGCAACUUAAGCAAAUGCAAUCCAAUGAGGAGCCCAACGGAGUGCAACAACCAAGUUAAACAUUAUAAAGAAGUGUAAAUAAUUGUAAUAAACCCUUUUAUGUUAUGUUUAUGUAAAGCCUAUGAUCUUUAUUAAUGCUUUUCUAAACAAACAUUUCAUUUUUGUGGACAUUUUAAAGGGAAGGAAAACUUAAA